UUAAUUUGGAACCAUAAAAAAGAACAUCAGCGUUAGCGGAUUUAAGUAACUAAAAACAUGAAAAACAGAAAUUGCAUUCAAAUUCAUAAUAUAUUCAUUUUAAUUUUUAUUAGGAAAGUCAAUCAAUGGGCAAGACCUUGGAGGGCAAGGGUAAUCCUCUGUUCUGUAUUUAAUAGAGGAGACGAUAUUCAUGGGCUCUUAGCCAAAAAAAAACGCAGCCAUGUCUCUGUUUCUCAGCCGGCUCUCUCUCUCGAAGCUAUCUCUCCGGAGACACCUCACGGCUAGGUGCUUCUCAUCUUCUUCCAUCUAUUACAUCGUGGGUGCAGAACCAUGGGGAUCUACUUUGAUUGAAGGUGAUAUCGGAAUUCUCAAGAUUCGUUCUCUUGGUGGUACCGAGAGGGUUACGAAAAAAUUGGUGCCUAUGGAGUUACUCAAGGAAAAAGGAACCAUAGGAGCAUCCCAUGGCUGGGUAGCAACUUUGAAGAAUGGCGUUGUGCGUCUUCAAGAUGAUCUUCUAGACCCAUGUGCAUGGGAGACAGACCCAAAACGAAUUUCGCUGCCUCCUCUAGUAACUCUGCCUCACUGCCAAACCCAAAUCGUAACCAAUGUGGCCAUGUCCACCUCUUCUCCUGAGGAUGAAGACUGCAUUGUAGCUAUCAAGUUCAUGGGACCUCAACUCAGUUUGUGCAGGCCUGCUCAAAGAGAUUGCAAGUGGACCAACAUCAGAAUCACAGACCCCAGCUUCUUCUCCUCCCAUGUAAUGUACUCCAAGAGAGAUGACAUGUUCUCGAUGCCCGCCUCUAGAGCCCACUACACAGGAUCAUGGGAUCUUGGGAGACACAUUCACAAACCCAAGCUGCAGAUGCUGCAGUUUCCCCAGAAUCCACAUCCAGAAAUGACAAAGAGCGAGUUGCUGCGAUUGGAUUCGUGUUGCAGGAAGCAACAGUACUUGGUGGAGUCAUUACCCACAGGUGAGACUUUUAUGUUGAAGUGAUACACGGAAAGCAGGCCCAUUAGGAAGACUUGUAAGGAUUGGGACCAUUUCCUUGUCGUGAGGCUAGACGAAGAAGGAAACGCUGAGUAUACUAAAGACAUUGGAGAUCUCUGCAUUUUCCUGUCCAAGGCUGAACCUUUCUGCCUCCCGGCUAGCUUGUACGGCAGAAGCAAAAACAGUGUCUAUUUCUUGGGAGAACACGAUCGUGGCAUCGUCAGUAUCGACAAUAAUUACAAGCUCGGUAGACCUUUCACUUGCCCCGUACCUUACUUUUUCCCACCUCUAUCUCCACCUAUAAAAGACUAGUGUCUCACUCUAUUUCUUGUUUUGAACCCUAGAAAUAUAUUUCUGAUA